AGCGCACCCCCAACUUCCUCCACCACCACCCCGCUCCAAGCUCAAGAUGCUGGGACUCUACCCUCCGUCCGUGUUCGACGCCUACAAGAAGGAGAAGACGCACUUCUCGGCCUCGAUCGACGCCGCCGUGGAGGAGAUCCACACCGCCUGCCACGGCAUCGGCACGGAUGACAAGACUCUCGUGAAGAUCCUCGGCCCGCUCUCGCCCAACGACCGCGGGCUCAUCUCGCUGCGCUACAAGGAGCUCCACGGCAAGACGCUCCGCGAGCUCGUCAAGAGCGAGACGUCGGGCGACUUCGGCUACCUGCUGCAGCUCAUCUGCUUCACACUGCCGCAAGCCGAAGCCUACAUCGUCUUCCACGCCAUGAAGGGCGUGGGGACCUCCGACCACCUGCUCUACUCCGUUCUCAUGGGUCGCACCAACGAAGAAAUGAGUCUGCUGAAGAAGACCUACUUCGAGAUGUACGACACGGACCUCAGCGUCUCUAUCAGCGACGAGAUCAGUGGUGACUUCCUCGCCGUCAUCAUGAAGGCGCUCCAGGAACCGAUGGUGGAAUACAAGCCGUCGUUCCACACCAAGGAGAAGGCCGAGGAGGACGCCGAGCUGCUCUACAAGGCCGGCGAGGGCAAGUGGGGCACCGACGAGAACGCGUUCAUCAAGGUUCUGCUGUCCAGCCCGCCCGAGCACCUCCGCAAUAUCGAUGCGGCGUACCAGGCCAAGCACGAGCACGACUUGGUCUACGCGAUCGAGAACGAGUUCAGCGGCAGCGACUGCGCUGCUCUCACUUACUUUGUCCGCCUGAGCCUCAACGCGUGGCCGUUCCUCGCCGAGCACAUCGAGGGAACGAUGGCCGGCAUCGGCACCGACGAGACGGCCCUGAGCGCUGCCAUCGUUCGCUACCACUCUUACCUGAACAAGAUCAUGCCCGUCUACGAGAAGAAGUACAAGAUGUCGCUGAACGACCGCAUUCAAGAAGAGGUCGGCGGCGAGUACCAGGAGCUGCUUCUGCAGCUUCUUGAGGCCCCGCGCUCCGUCGGCAGCUUUGCGUAAGAAUCAAGUCCGAGUCCAAUUGGAUUGGGCUUCCACUUGUAGCGUUCACAUUGAACACGUCGGCCACAGCGUGGCUUGUUGAAAAUUAACCCACAAAAAUCCAAAUACUCUGUGAAUACCUCUGUUUUCUGAUAUCU